UUCCUCAACAGGAUCCGGCAGAAACAAGGUUGCAUCGUUCCGAACGUUACGGCAAACUGACUGAAAGAAAAGAACAUUUUUCUUGGUCCAGCAGACUCAUCCCAUCCAAUCAUGGUCUUUGUGGAUGUCAAAUCCAUCACGCAGCCUGUGGGGAUCAUCCGGAUCUUGACGGUCAUCGUCACCUGCAUGAGUUUUAGCCUGGUGGCGUCGGUGAAGCCAGACAGUUCUCCGUACUGGGCGUGGUGCAUGUUCACCUGGUGCUUCUGCUGUUUCUUCUCCCUUCUCAUUCUCAUCUUGGAGUUCUCCACGGUCAACGCCAAGCUACCUUUCGACUGGAACGACAGCACAGCUGCCUUUGCGAUGUUGGCGAGCCUGAUGUGUCUGUCAGCCUCCAUCAUCUACCCCAUCUUCUUCACCUGCGGCACCUGCCACCGGCAGGCAGGAGCUUCUGUCGUUUCCUGGCUCUGUGUUGCAGGGUAUGUGAGCGAGGUGGUCCUGACAUACCUUCGUCCCAGAGGGCAGAAUCAAGGUUUCCUCUCCACGUUGCCAGGCAUCAUGAAGAUGCUGGAAAGCUUCUUUGCCUGUCUCAUCUUCAUGUCCCUGGAAAAAGGACAGUACUCACACUCCCCUGAGCUGCAGUGGUGUGUCGCUGUGUAUGCCUUGUGUUUCACCUUCGCCAUCCUCAUCAUCCUGCUCACUCUCGGAAAUCUGACCUCCUAUUUUCCGUUCUCCUUUGACAAGGUCGCAAUCGUCUACAAUGUUCUGGCGGCGGCGAUGUAUUUGACUGCCAUGGUCAUUUGGCCACUGUAUGGUUUCCGCAACAACAAGAGGCCGAGUAACUGUGGUAAACUCUGUACCUGGGACAAAAUGGUGCUGAUCACUUUCAUGACCAUCUUUAACUUUAUUGUUUACACCCUGGACACCAUCUACUCUAUACGUCUGGUUUUCUUUGCCCAUAACCAUUGA